AUGGCGGCGCAUCAGCAAACCAGGAUCCAAGCCUACCUGGAGAAGAACAGGAUCGGGCCCCUGUUCGAGGAACUGAUGACCAAGCUGAUAACAGAGACUCCUGACCAGCCAAUCCCAUUUCUCAUUGACCAUCUUCAGUCCAAACAAGGGACCCAGAGUCAACUACAGAGAACAUUGUCUGGAUCUGCUGCUCUCUGGGCAGAAAGUGAGACAUCAGAAAACAAAGGAACAAGAAGAGAUUGCAGAAGUUAUGAUAAACCCUGGCAGGUAAAUGCAAAGAAACCUAAAAAGUCAAAGAGUGACCUCGCUGUGUCCAACAUUUCUCCACCAUCACCGGAAUCCAAGUCAUUGCCAAGGUCAAUAGAGCAUCCUAAAUGGGACUGGCGGAGAAAACCGGAGAGCCAGGAGUUUGACGAAUUAAAUCAUAUUCUUCAGGAGAGUAAGAAGCUGGGGAAAGCCCUUGAGAAUCUCUCUCGCAGCAUUGCUAUUUCUGAUGAACUUGAGAAGGAUGCAACAGGUUUUAAUACUCCUCUUCUAAGACCUCGUGUGAUUGGAGAAUGGGUUGGUCGCGAGGAGAAUGAUGCUGAUCCAUUGGCUGCGGAGAUGUUGCAACCUCCAGUACCAAGAAGUAAAAAUGAACAAUGGGAUAGUGAAGAUAGCAGCAGCAGUCCUGGAGGAAGUUUAAAGAUGGAGCCGAAGACCAAAGGAUUAAAACAGCAACAACAGCAACAUAAGAAGCUACUGGCUGCCAUGCUUUCCCAGGACUCUUUUGAUUCUGUUCAAAGCACAGCUCCCUCAGUGACAGAUGAAGAUAUUGACAAUGAGGAUGAUGCAAUGGAACUGCUAGAGGAUCUUGAUGAUUUAAGAAUGGAAGGAGUAACCAGUGUGAUGACUUCUGGGAGUAAAUUUAAUCAAACUCGAAGCGCACAUCCUGCUGAACCUCAGGCAAAGGUCACGUUGAACAUCUGCGCAAGGUGUGCCAGACUGCAAGGAGAUAACUUGGCAGAAACAGCAGAGGAUGUCUCACUAGUGUCUCAGACGACCGAGCAAGCGGCAUCAGAUUCCAAUGCUUCAGUGCCUGGGGUGGAAACACUGAUGGAGGAUGCUGAUGAAUUUGAGAGUGCAUCUCAAAUAACAGGACCUCAUCAACCUGUUUGGGACCUGGAUGUCAUGUGUGCCAGAAACGGAGGGUCCCCAAGCCAGAAACUCCUGAAAGACUCCUUAGCCGCAAAAGAACUGCAGACCAUGGAAAAACAUCUAGCUGACAUUGAAAAGGACCUAGCACUCUGGGAAGAAGCAAGUAGUACUCCACAUAUUAAUUUAGUUACAUCACAUCAACCAGGAAAUCUUCAAGCCACACUAGGCCAAAAUUCAAGGUCUCAAGUGCCAAGUCAAACUGGGAAAAAUAUUCAGCUGCAGCUGCAAGAAAACAAAUCACCACCGCUUCCUACUAACAGCAGAGUGCAGGUCUCCAGUAUCUCAAAUAGUAGGCCUCAGACUUCCAUUAUGCAGAACAACAGGCCUCCAACGCCAUCGACUCCAGGAAGCAGACCUGCAACCCCAAAUAGUUUGUUGCCAAGACCUCAUACCUCUAGCAACCAGGGAAAUAAGGAUGGAAUCCUUAGUAUGCAAAGAAGCAGAUCCUUAACAUCUAAGAGUCAAAUUGGGAGGACUCUUGGCACUUCUUCAGGGCUAGCUGUACAAACGAGCGGAGAUAUUAUAGGAACUGUCCCUCAAAGAAUCAGUUUGUCAGAAGAUGAAUUCUUACAUCAAUUUCAGCUUGCCCACCAACCAUGGAUAUUGCCAAGUGACACAGAGAGUGAAGGUGUGGAAGCAGAUCAAGAUAAAUGUAUGAAUUUAAGGCAAAACCAGUCUCUGCUGCCUCUAUAG